UCUCCACUCCCGUCACCCCCCACUCCCUCCUCCGCCCUAUUAAAACACCCACCAGCUCACUAGUUAAGACCCCCUUAAGUUGGAGGAGGCUGAAAAGCAACGACUGCGAGGAAGAAGUCAAGACGUCUGGAAAGAAUUACCCAGUCCUGGCUUCCAGCAGCCCAUUCAACCAGGGACUUGAACCAGCCCCAGCCAAAGACUUUCUCCCGAUUCCGCGCUUCCUGGGUUCUGCUGAGUCUUCGCCGGGCUUUUUUUGAUACGAAAAAGAGACUUUCCGAUAUCAGGGGAGAGGGACUGGAGGAAGGUGGGGGAAAAAAAAAGCUAAAGUUAAUUUAUUUUUAAAGCACAUUUUUUUUUUUAAUUUUAAGAAUUAGAAGACUGAUGUGCAACGGAAAUUUCAAAGAGAAUAGUAGUGAAUUUUCCUUUUACAGUGGGGGAGAACCGAACCUUUAAGACUCCCCCAUCCUUUUUAAAUGUUGUUUUUAAAUUUUUUAUUUUUUUUGGCCGGUCGUCUCAAAUUCAUCUGAUCUCUUAUUACCUCAAUUUUGGAAACUGCCCGCCACCAGCCCUCCGGGACCACACAGACAGGCUGAGGACAACUUUAUGACCAAGAGCUGAACAAGAUGCAUUGUGAGAGGUUUCUAUGUAUCCUGAGAAUAAUUGGAACCACACUCUUUGGAGUCUCUCUCCUCCUGGGAAUCACAGCUGCUUAUAUUGUUGGCUACCAGUUUAUCCAAACAGACAAUUACUACUUCUCUUUUGGACUGUAUGGUGCCUUUUUAGCAUCACACCUCAUCAUCCAAAGCCUGUUUGCUUUUUUGGAGCACCGAAAAAUGAAAAAAUCCCUAGAAACCCCCAUUAAACUGAACAAAACUGUUGCUCUUUGCAUCGCUGCAUAUCAAGAAGAUCCAGGCUACUUACGGAAAUGCUUGCAAUCUGUGAAAAGGCUCACCUACCCUGGAAUUAAGGUGGUCAUGGUCAUCGACGGGAACUCAGAAGAUGACCUUUACAUGAUGGACAUCUUCAGUGAGGUCAUGGGCAGGGACAUGUCAGCCACUUAUAUCUGGAAGAACAAUUUUCAUGAGAAGGGUCCCGGUGAGACGGAGGAGUCGCAUAAAGAAAGCUCGCAACAUGUCACCCAAUUGGUCUUGUCCAACAAAAGUAUUUGCAUCAUGCAAAAAUGGGGUGGAAAAAGAGAAGUGAUGUACACGGCCUUCAGAGCACUGGGACGAAGUGUGGAUUAUGUACAGGUUUGUGAUUCAGACACCAUGCUUGACCCAGCUUCAUCUGUGGAGAUGGUAAAAGUUUUAGAAGAGGACCCCAUGGUUGGAGGUGUCGGUGGAGAUGUCCAGAUUUUAAACAAGUAUGACUCCUGGAUCUCCUUCCUCAGCAGUGUGAGAUACUGGAUGGCUUUUAACAUAGAAAGGGCCUGUCAGUCUUAUUUCGGGUGUGUCCAGUGCAUUAGUGGACCUCUGGGGAUGUACAGAAACUCCUUGCUGCAUGAAUUUGUGGAAGAUUGGUACAAUCAGGAAUUUAUGGGCAACCAGUGCAGUUUUGGUGACGACCGGCAUCUAACGAACCGAGUGCUGAGUCUGGGCUAUGCAACAAAAUACACAGCUCGAUCCAAGUGCCUUACGGAAACGCCUGUAGAAUAUCUCAGAUGGUUAAACCAACAGACCCGUUGGAGCAAGUCGUACUUCCGAGAGUGGCUGUACAAUGCCAUGUGGUUUCAUAAACAUCACUUGUGGAUGACCUACGAAGCGGUGAUCACUGGAUUCUUCCCUUUCUUUCUCAUUGCCACGGUAAUCCAGCUCUUCUAUCGGGGUAAAAUUUGGAACAUCCUUCUCUUCUUAUUAACUGUCCAGUUAGUAGGUCUCAUAAAAUCAUCCUUUGCCAGCUGCCUUAGAGGAAAUAUCGUCAUGGUCUUCAUGUCCCUCUACUCGGUGUUGUACAUGUCGAGUUUACUUCCCGCCAAGAUGUUUGCAAUUGCAACGAUAAACAAAGCUGGGUGGGGCACAUCUGGAAGGAAAACGAUCGUUGUUAAUUUCAUAGGACUCAUUCCAGUAUCAGUUUGGUUUACAAUUCUCCUGGGUGGUGUGAUUUUCACCAUUUAUAAGGAAUCUAAAAAGCCAUUCUCAGAAUCCAAACAGACAGUUCUAAUUGUUGGAACGUUGCUCUAUCUAUGCUAUUGGGUCAUGCUUUUGACUCUAUAUGUGGUUCUCAUCAAUAAAUGUGGCAGGCGGAAGAAGGGACAACAGUAUGACAUGGUGCUUGAUGUAUGAUCUUGCAUUGUUUGAUGUUUGCAAUCAGACAUGCAGACACACACAAAACUUUAGUUCCUCUAGGGACUGUACGGUAUCGUGGCAUCAGAUAAUGCCGCCAGAGGAGACCUAUCACUGCUGCUGGGACUUGAACAAAGACAUUUCUAUGGGUUUAUUUUGAUUCUGCCAAAGUAAAAUGAUAACAUCAACAAGAAGAAACUCAGAUUGAAACUGUUAUUUCUAUGAAAAUGGGAAGUCUUCUUUGUUUAUGCACUUUUUCCUUACUGUACAUCCACCUAACAGUGUUUUUGCCCUAUAUACCUCACUAGCCAUGCUUUACGUGGGUUAUCGUGGAAGAAAAGGAUUUUGGAAACUCAAGGAAAAGUUCUUACAACAUAUACAACCUAACUUAUGGACUGUGUUGAUAGUUAUUAUUUUUUUUUUUUUUAGGGAGGAUUUUCUGUUUAACUUUACCAAAUGAAAUGCCAAAGGAAAUU